AUGGACUGGUGUCCUACAAUGCACCAGCCGGGCAGCAGCUUGUCCUUCCUGGGGGCACCAUCAUCUACCUGAACGACUCGGUGUACGACGGGGCGUUUGGGUACAGCAUGACGGAGGGCCUGGGCCAGCUGACGGAUGGCGUGUCGGGGCUGGACGACUUCACGCAGACCCACGAGUACCACGUCUGGCCGGGCUAUGACUACGUGGGCUGGCGCAGCGAGAGGACGGCCAGGGAAAAAACCCUCGGAUUCGCUGCCCCACAGGUCCACUGCAACAACAUGUUUGCCAAAGGGGUAAAGAUCUUCAAGGAGGUGCAGUGCUACUUCCGCGCCGACACCAGCGAGUGGGAGCCCAACGCCGUCUCCUCGGUGCUGGUGCUGGACGACGUGAACCCCAGCGCCCGCUUUGUCACCGUGCCCCUGCUCCACCGCAUGGCCAACGCCAUCAAGUGCCAGUACUACUUCGCCGACACCUGGAUGUUGUUCAGCGAGAUCACCUUCCAGUCGGACGCGGCCAUGUACAACAACUCAGUGGCCCCUCCGGAGAUGCCUGUGGUCCCCACCACUUACGACCCCACUCUCAAGGUAGACGACAGCAACACGCGUAUCCUGAUUGGGUGCCUGGUGGCAAUCAUCUUCAUCCUGGUGGCCAUCAUUGUCAUCAUACUGUGGCGGCAGUUCUGGCAGAAGAUGCUGGAGAAGGCAUCACGGAGGAUGCUGGAUGAUGAAAUGACCGUCAGCCUCUCCCUGCCCAGCGAAUCCAGCAUGUUCAACCACAACCGCUCCUCCUCCUCCAGUGAGCAAGAGUCCAGCUCCACCUAUGACCGCAUAUUCCCCCUGGGACCUGACUACCAGGAGCCCUCCCGCCUGAUCCGCAAGCUGCCCGAGUUCACCCCGGGGGAGGAGGACACAGGCUGCAGCGGCCCCAUGAAGCCGUCCCAAGUCACCGUCCCUGAGGGUGUUCCCCACUACGCCGAGGCCGACAUCGUGAACCUGCAGGGUGUGACGGGUGGGAACACCUACUCGGUGCCAGCCCUCACCAUGGACCUGCUCUCUGGCAAGGACGUGGCUGUUGAGGAGUUCCCCAGGAAGCUGCUGACCUUCAAGGAGAAGCUGGGGGAAGGACAGUUUGGAGAGGUUCACCUCUGUGAAGUGGAGGGGAUGGAGAAGUUCAUGGGCAAGGACUUUGCCCUGGAGGGCUUGGACACCAGCUCCAACCACCCGGUACUGGUGGCUGUGAAGAUGCUGAGAGCAGAUGCCAACAAGAAUGCCAGGAAUGAUUUUCUGAAGGAAAUCAAGAUCAUGUCACGGCUGAAGGACCCCAACAUCAUCCGGCUGCUGGCGGUGUGCAUCGCGGAUGACCCUCUGUGCAUGAUCACCGAGUACAUGGAGAAUGGGGACCUCAACCAGUUCCUGUCCCGCCAGGAGGCAGAGGCUCAGUCCUCCCUUGUCCCCCCUGACAGCUACAGAGACCUGCGGUUCAUGGCCACCCAGAUUGCCUCUGGCAUGAAGUACCUCUCCUCCCUCAACUUCGUGCACCGAGACCUGGCCACGCGGAACUGCCUGGUGGGGAAGCAGUACACCAUCAAGAUUGCCGACUUCGGCAUGAGCAGGAAUCUCUACAGCGGGGACUACUACCGCAUCCAGGGGCGGGCGGUGCUCCCCAUCCGCUGGAUGUCCUGGGAGAGCAUCCUGCUGGGCAAGUUCACGACGGCCAGUGACGUGUGGGCAUUUGGUGUGACACUGUGGGAGACCUUC